GAUCUUGCUCAAAAGAAUAAUCUUGGUACAAUUGCAAAGCAUUUAACUCGAAAAGAAGUUGCUAAUAUCCAGCAAAAACAGCAAGAAUCACAAGACACAAGCUUUUCUAAUAGUAAUGAUUUUGAAAAUGAACUUCAGCAUGCACUUGGUUUUUUGGCUACAAAAAAUUAUCAACAUAUUUCAAUCUUUAAUUUUGAUAAUAAAAUCCUUGAACAAGUUUACAAAUUUUCGUAUCCGAUUCAAAAAUUAAUGGCUAGUGAGAUUUCUGCUAUGAAUGCAAGAAUUGAAAAAGAAAAACCACUACCAAAUCUUAUAACACCAAAAUAUAAUAAGUUAUUAACAAUCAAUAUUUGGAAAGAGUUUUAUGAAAUAUUUGUAAAAGCAGGUAUGGUGAUAUAUGAAGAUAACAAAGCAAUUAAAGUUUCAAUACCUGUUCAGACUUUAGAAAAAAAAGAGAUAAAAAUACGUAGAUUGCAAAUUGGCGAAAUUAUAGAAAAAAUUCAUGACAAAUAUAAUAUAGCUGAAAAGGAGGGGAAUGCAAGUGUUAUUACUGAAUUUAUUAAAAAUCUAGACAUGUUAUUAAACCAAAUUCUUAAUAUGCAGAA